AACGCAGCUCAGCGGGGUGACCUCUACGGGCUGUGCGGUUCAUUUGUUUUAUUACGGCGGACCCCCUGAACUGUCAGCUGCGCCGGUGUAUUCUUUCUGCUAGAAUUAAGCCAGAACUGCCGACGAUGAAAACGCGUUGAACUUUCCCUGCAACUUGCAGCGACCGUGAGAUCGCCUCUGGCUUAGACCCCCACCUUGUCGCAGCAUUUGAAUCGAACGGCUUGUCAGAGCACGCCAUGCAAAUCGCCAACUGGUCCGGUGAAGAGUCAUCACAAUCGGCCCUUCCAAUCAAUGUUUUUCACCUCAACAAUGGAGUCCUGGAAAGCACUAUUUACCGGCUUUCCAAAGGUACAAAAGUCCGGUUCAUCCUGGGUCCCUUGCUGUAUGGCAAAAAUGUCAAGUUCUUCAUAAACACCCCUCUUGUAGCUGGCUCUGGCUACUCGAGGACAAAGUAUAACCAAGUUCACUGGAGCCAUGACGUCCACAACCCCAAUGAUGAGACGGCAUACUUUGCUGAUGUCACAUUCACACUGGCUGGAAGCUUUCAUUACUACUUCACAUGCAAUGAGGAAAAUGAACAAGCUGGGUCGGGUUACUUUCUUGUUGAUCCUGUGCUUCAUCGUGGCAAGGAUCGGGAGGUGCUGCCCUUGGACUGUAUCCAGUGCCAGACAGUGCUGACCAAGUGCCUAGGCCACUUUGAUAGCUGGAAGGACAAGCUCGCAGUCAGUCGUGAGAGUGGUUACAACUUUGUCCACUUCACGCCCAUCCAGGAGCUCGGGGCCUCCCAUUCUUCCUACUCCCUCCGUGACCAUCGCAAGCUUAAUCCCAUGUUCAGCAUGCCAGAUCACACAUACGACAUGACGGACGUGGAGCAACUGGUCAACAUGAUGUGUGAUGAAUGGAAAAUGUUGUCAUUGACAGAUGUUGUGUUAAACCACACGGCCAAUGAGACUGCCUGGCUCAGGGAGCAUCCAGAGUGUGCGUACAAUCUAAAAAACUCGCCGCAUCUCAAGCCAGCCUUCCUCCUGGAUGUGGCCAUCCACUGUUUCAGCCUUGAGAUCUCCACAGGCAAGUGGGCGUCCGAGGGAAUCCCCGCAUCCAUCACACGAGAGGAGCACCUCGAUGCGCUAAGACGCGUCUUCGACCUGAACUGGCUUCCGCUGAUGCAGCUGCACGAGUUCUUCACCAUCAAUGUGGAUGGCCUUGUUGACACCUUCAGGAAGAAAAUCAUUGACAAGGGGCAGCCAAAUAGCGGUCCUAUUCCCGACGGUGGCAGCCUAAAAAUCUUGCGUGAUCCGGAGUACCGGCGCAACAGCUCCACCAUCGACAUGAAGAACGCUCUGCAGAUCUUCAAUCGCAAUUGGGAUCCUAGCAGCCAUGAUGCCCCUGAUCGGAUCGACAGGUGCUGUGCCGAGUUCAGGCGCUAUUUGGAGCACCUAAAUGGCACCGAGUGGAAUUUACUGCACAGCCAUCUUCAAGCAGCGGUGGAGAACAUUAUACGCGGUUGCCGCUACCUCCGUAUUCAAGCCGAUGGACCCAAGAAGACAGAAGUUUCUGCCAAGAAUCCUUUAGUGGGAAGAUACUUUGUGGUCAACACGGAUAUUCCAGUCCUGGACCUGAAAGAGGCCGAGAAGCUAAUUUUCAGUGACAAAGCUGCCUACGUAAUGGCACAUAACGGCUGGGUCAUGAACGAUGACCCUCUGCGAAAUUUCGCCGAGGCCGGGUCGAAUGUGUACCUGCGACGCGAGCUCAUUGCCUGGGGCGACAGUGUCAAGCUUCGAUACGGCAAGUCCCCUGAUGAUUGCCCUUUCUUAUGGCAGUACAUGAAGGACUACGUAUGCGAGACUGCCAAGAUAUUCCACGGCAUACGCCUGGACAACUGCCACAGCACGCCACUUCCUCUCGCAGAGUACGUACUCGAUGCGGCCCGGCUGAUACGUCCGGACCUCUACGUGAUCGCCGAGCUGUUCACCUCGAGGGAGGAAGUGGACAACAUUUUCGUCAAUCGACUGGGAAUCAGUUCACUUAUCCGAGAAGCCAUGAGCGCUCCUAAUGCUCAUGAGCUAGGACGGCUCGUUUACCGGUACGGUGGUGAACCGGUUGGAAGCUUUAUACCGCCUCCGAUUCGUUGCCUUAAACCAUGCAUUGCACACGCACUUUUCAUGGACAUCACACAUGACAACCCAUCACCUUUCGAGAAACGUUCAGCAUAUGACUAUCUUCCGAGCGCUGCCGUGGUAUCGAUGGCAUGUUGUGCUACAGGAUCGAAUCGUGGUUACGAUGAACUUGUUUCUCAUCACAUUGACGUUGUCGACGAGUUUCGUCAGUACCCUGUGUGGUCAGCAAAGCCAUCUGAAAAGCCUUCGUGCGUCCACCUACAUUCGGGAAUUAUCGCUGCCAAGCGGGCACUGAACAGGGUCCACUAUGAGCUAGGCCUACAAGGUUACACACAGGUUUUUGUUGACCAGGUUGAUUCUAACACGAUCGCUGUCACUCGACACAGUGCUUCCACGCAUCAGUCAGUUGUCCUGGUGGCCCGUACAUCGUUCCAGAUGCCUGCCAACCCCAACGACACCGGUUGUAUCCCACCGCUGUGCAUUCCCGGAGUGAUUGAGGAGGUAAUCUUUGAAGCGAAGACUGUUAAAGUGAAUAAGGACAGCAACACUAAACAGGACAAGAACAAGGAGUACAUUGUGGGGAUGCACGACUACCAACUCGAAAUCCAUGAGCAUCUUUCUCUGGUGGAAUCUAAAAUGGUGGACCUCAGUAAAGAGAGUGAGGAGAACCUGCAGGAGUUAGAUUUGACCAACUUCACACCAGGUUCGGUCAUCGCUUUCAGAGUCAGCCCUCAUCCAACGAGCAAAGCUGCAAUUCAGUACCUCCACAAGCACCUGACUAACAUGGGAUACAUCGGGGCAGAACCACGUGAGCGCCGUGCUGCCUCAGCCGAUGUUGGCAGUAAUGAAGAGAGCAUUGUGAGCAUCCUCAAGGCCCUCACGCUGUCCGACCUGAACCGAGUUCUGUUUCGCUGCGAUGUUGAGGAACGUGCAGAGGACAGGGGUGGGUCUGCCUACAACUUCCCAAGAUUUGGCAACCUCGUUUACUGUGGCCUCCAAGGCAUCAUGUCGGUGCUCUCAGAGAUUCGCAUCAGAAAUGACCUCGGUCACCCCGUUUGUGACAACUUGCGUGUUGGUGACUGGCUCAUGGAGUACAUCACCAAUCGCCUCAGUCAGGAGCGCACCACCACUAAGUUUGCUAAGUGGCUGGACCAAGUGUUUGCCUCAGUAAAAAAGACUCCUCGUUACCUGGUCCCCUGCUACUUUGAUGCUGUGGUGACCAGCACAUACUGCCUUGUGCUUGAGGAAGUAUGGAGCAAAAUGUCGAGUUUUGUGAAGAAUGGUUCCAUGCUGGUACGAGAACUGGCCUUUGGUUCAGUGGUCCUGGGUGGCUAUGUCCCGGGAGCGCACCUGCCACCAUUGUCGCGUCAGCUGACACCACCACAACCACCGUACCGAAUCGACGAGAAGACCAAUGCUCGCCAGGAGACGUGCACCACGAUUUCUGCUGGGCUGCCUCACUUUGCAGCUGGCUACAUGAGGAAUUGGGGCCGGGACACGUUCAUCGCACUACGGGGCCUCUUUUUGCUUACUGGCCGGUUCCAGGAAGCAAGGUACAUAAUCCUGGCAUUUGCGGGCUGCCUUCGACACGGUCUCAUUCCAAACCUGCUGGAUAAGGGCACGCACGCAAGGUACAACUGUCGUGACGCUGUGUGGUGGUGGAUCCAGGCAAUUCAGGACUACACCAAGGAGGUUCCUGAUGGUUACCUUAUUCUCAAAGACAAGGUCGCACGUCUCUAUCCGACUGACGACAGCCCACCGCAGGAGCCCGGUGUUAAGGAGAUGCCUCUUGAAGAAGUGAUACAGGAAGCCCUCCAGCGCCACUUUGCAGGCAUUGCAUUUAGGGAGAGGAAUGCAGGCUACCAGAUCGAUAGCCAGAUGACCGAUGAAGGCUUCAAUGUUAAGGCUGGCGUAGACACCAAGAAUGGCUUCGUGUAUGGCGGCAAUCCUUGGAAUUGUGGAACAUGGAUGGACAAGAUGGGAAGCUCCGAGAAAGCUGGCAACAAGGGGCAUCCUGCCACACCCAGAGAUGGGUCUGCAGUGGAACUGGUAGGUCUCUGCAAAUCUGCCUUGCGGUGGCUGGACCAGAUGUACAAGGACGGCUACUACCCAUACAAUGCAGUGGAGAAGACUGAGCAUGGUGUCACAACAGUGAUGACUUUCGAUCAGUGGGGGUCGUUGAUCAAAAAGAACUUUGAACCAUGUUUUUGGGUGCCUGCUGAACAUCAGCCCGUGCACCAUGAUGAUUUACACCCUGAAUUGAUUAAUCGCCGUCUGAUUUACAAGGACUCGUACGGUGCCAUUUGGCCGUGGGCCGACUAUCAGCUGCGGCCAAAUUUUCCAAUCGCUAUGGUUGUGGCACCUGAGCUUUUCACUGUUGAAAAGGCCUGGGAUGCUCUGAAUGUUGUAAAGGAGAUCCUUGUUGGCCCGUUUGGAAUGAAGACUCUUGAUCCCAGUGACAUGAAUUACAACGGCUGUUACUACAACAGCAAUGAUUCCCAUGACUACAAGUGCGCCCACGGCUUCAACUACCACCAGGGUCCAGAGUGGCUCUGGCCGAUGGGCUUCUACCUCAGAGCGAGGCUGCACUUUGCCCAAAAGGUGGCUGACAGCAAGAACGCGCUGGCUGCUGCAGUGGACGAGGUGAAGGGGAUCCUCUCCAACAACUACCAGAUCAUUCAGUCAUCGCCCUGGCGAGGGUUGCCCGAACUCACCAACCGUGAUGGUGACGUCUGUCCCGACGCCUGCCCCAUUCAGGCCUGGAGCCACGCAUGCCUCCUGGAGGUGGUCUACGACCUGCAAAAGCUACAGACAUCGACAUAGUUGCUUCUCUUUCAGCUUUGGAGAACCGUAGUAAAAUUUGGCACUAGGUGGUGCUUUGAUGUUUUUCUUCAACUGCCAAUUAGUUUGUGUAUUGGGCUUGUAUUGUUCUGGCUGGAACCUUGCUGCUUCGCCCAUCUCUUGCAGGUAUAAUCAGAAGGGGAAUAUAAUAAAUGAUUCAGGUUUCUUAGUUUCAUGAACAUUGUGGCAAAAAUAGCCCGGACAACAGGACAUUUGCCAUUUUUUGUUUUGCUAGCCUCCCUAUAUAUUCUUCUGGCUUUCUAAUAAAGAAACCAGUCGAUAGCACUGUGUCCUGUGUUUUCUUUGUCUGCACUGUUUUUGCCUCAAUAAAUGAUCUUCUACUUUGUUUAGGCCUCCAUUGUACAGUCCAGGACAUUACUAGGACAAAUUUGUAGCCAAACUUUAGGUUAGUUUUUAUGUCAUUUUUUAUUUUUCGGUUAGUUUUACUGAGUGCCAUACACUAUGUGCGUUCAGAAAAGCAAGUGUUUAACUGAUUAGUUGAAUCAAAUUCUGGGAUUUUAUGUGGCAAAUUAUUUCGGAGCACUCCCGAUGAACUUUGACCACCUGUGCACCUGAAUAUAAUUACGGGGGGGCUCUUUCAAUUUGUCGCUGUUUAAUAUGGCAGCCAUGGCUGGCAAUGAAGCCCACAUCUUUGGGCUUAACAGUGCCUUGCCUUAACCUGCUAGGCUGCCUUGGAUUGUAGAUUUUAACUGAACAUUUGCACAUUGUGUGCAGGUUGGCACAUAGGCAUAAUUUAGACAUGAGAGUAAUUCUUGAGCAGUGUUGACAGUCGAGAGCAAUGAUCAACUAGUUGGAAAUGUUGUGGAGAGAAAGAAGCCAUGGACACUUGACAGGUUUGCAUUUACUUUGACUGAAUUAAUUUGCAAACUUGCAUAAUGUAAUAACACAAAAAAUCAUGGCAGUAAUCAGUCCACCCUCAUCAGUUUUAUUUAACUUUUGGCUGUUUGAUCUUUGCCGCAACACAAAUACAUGCAUCUUAAUGUCAGUCUUUGUUUCCUUUCAUCACGAUUGUUUUGAUGCGGUCCAUGAGUCCAUGAUGCUGUAAAGAGCAGCAGAAGUGUUCAGACUUCAAUUUGCAAGACAGCAGGCAGCAAGCACUUUGGAUAAAAUGUUUACCUCAUGGCCAAUUGCUUUUUUUUUUACGAGUAUAUGAUUGAAUUUAUUAGGCAAAAAAAUAUGGUGCUCUCUUUUCGUUGUGUGCCCCAUCAGCAUGCACGGCUGGUCGCUUGUUUGAAUAUUGCAUGCAUGUAAUUACCUCCCAAAGAAGCAGAAUGAAACCAGAACAUAGACUGAUAUAAGCAUUUACUCAUUGUAUUGUGUGUUAGUAAUGCUUGGAUUAUUUGGGCUUCAAAAUACCUAACUGAUAAGAAUUACUGAUGCCAUUUGAAGUUUCAUCCCUGUGGUUUGUGCAAAGCAAGCUGGUUUCGUUUUCACGAUUUCAUUUACCUUUAAUCAUUUUUUCUAGUAACCAGAAAUUUGUUUUCAUUUAAUUUUUAUUGCAUGACUGAAAAUUGAUAAAUACUGUAAGUACCCUAAGUUGGGUUAUCAAUUUAAACAUGUAUCCCUGGCCUUUGCAUAACUGCAUGAUUAUGGCAUAAUUAGGCGAUUCUGCAAUCACUGCUGUCAGCAGCUUGGCUAUUCUCAUUACUAAGUUAGUAAAGUUCCUUCUUGAACGGUCAGUAUUACAAGAGAAAAACGUGACUCAGAAGCAAAUCUGUUUUUGUGCAGCACAAUGUUCCCAAUCUUGCAAAUUUCAUUGAGACAGAGCUCACCGCAACCAUGCUGGAAAGUGUUCAAAGCGUUCCAUGUAUGUUCCAUGCGUGCCAUGCACUCUCAAAACAAGAUGAUUUUCAUGUGGAUUCUCAGGUGACUCGCUGUGCUAUGCUAUAGUUUUUUCACUUGUAAAAACAUCUGUUUCAAUUUCAAAGAAUAGCCUCGUAUGGUUGGUAGGCAAACUGUCUCAUGUAUGGCCCAACCGGUUCGGGUGAAGCCUUUCUCACAAAUCAGAAGCAGUGCGACAACUUGACAGGAGUCAAGUUGUCUGCGCCAUUGUAACGUCAUCUGCAUGAAUGCUGAGUUGGAAAACUCAAUAUUCGAUUCAUAAACCAUGGGGGCAUUCGUUGUUUAUGUUUAUUAACAUGAGCACUAGGCAGAUUUCCUAGUUUUCGUGUUUAGAUGCAUUUAGUAAUAGUUGUUACCUUUAAUUUAUAGUCGCAGUGGUUCCAUUUAGUAGUUAGCUUGACCUUGCACUGUCAUCUACUUGCUUCCCGAUUAAUUCUGAAAGUAACUGCCCAAGAAGGCACUGAUGGUACGUUCUAUUAUCAGUUCUAAGAAACUUUUUUGAUGAGAUUCUUUCUUUCUGAGAAGCUCUCAGGAGUUCCUUCGUAAUUAGAAGUUACUUAUCAGUAGUUCUGGCUUUCUAAUCUUAUGGCUGAGGCUCUGUGUUUUUGGAGUUUGGUUUCCUUAAAAUUCGGAAGAGGGUUUUCAGUUUCUUUUUUCCGGGGGGACGGAGAUUUGGUAUUUUAUUUUGCAUUAAAAAUUGUUAACAUGUGGUUUCAUGAAUAAUAAUUUUCAGUGGAAGUGCUUUGAAUCGUUACUGAUAAUCCUGCUUUUUGUUUGUUAAAUUUUUUUCUCACUUGCUGUUUAUUUACCCUAUUAAGAGGAAAUGCAAUUCGAAACAAAAGUUGCAUUAAUUUGUAGCUUAGAGAAAUAUUUUUUUGUUAUUUAUAUAUUCAUAUAUAUGCUUUGAUGCUUACUUUAAAUAUGUAAUUAGUUUUAUAGUAAGUUAUUCCAUUUUUGUUUUGAGCCAUGAUAAUGUGUAAAGUAUGCUUUUGUUUUGGGAAAAUUUCAUGCCAAUUAGCUUUUAUGAUUCUGAGCCGUUAAUCACUUUUAUUGCUCCACAUUAAC